AUGAAAGCAACUAGCACUUUCUCAGGUGCAAUGAGAUUGGAGAAAUGUUGCUUCUGUUCUUCUACAUUGUCUCCUGGACGUGGAAUCCAGAUGGUUCGUAAUGGUACAAAGGUUUUUCGGUUUUGUAGAUUUAAAUGUUUCAAAAACUUUAAAAGGAAGAAUGACCCUUGGACAGUAAAAUGGAUAAAAGUACCUAAGGGAGAGCAUGCAAAGGAUAUUAUGACACAGAUAAAGAAAAACAAGCCCGGGAGAUAUGACAGGAAUUUUGCUGAGAAUGUCCUUAAGGCCAUUCCAAAGAUUGGUAAAAGAGUCAGCAGGGAAGAGAGACAUCAUAAGAAUAGGAUGAAAGGCAAGAAGCUGGAACUGCAUAUGGAGACAGCUAAGGAGUUGGAGCAGAGUAUCAUCCUGUUUGAAGGUCUAUCUGUGCUUCCAAAGGACCCUUCUGUCACUCUAUCCAAGAUGGAAGUUGCCGUUUCCCAACAGCAAUCAAAGAACAAUUAUACCAUGGAAGAGUGA